AUGGAGAAUCUAGGAGCCAUGAAGAUCAUGUCAAUGGCACUGUUAGUUGUCAUCUCGACGUUGUUUCUAGUCUCAGAGGCAAAAGCUGCAAGACCAUUAAUAGGUACGAGUGCUAGGAUUGUGACUGAUCAUUUCAGUGGUGAUUUAGGUGUCGCACAUUUGAAGAAGAAGGGCUCAUUCUUUAAGCCAUAUUUUGCUAGCAAGAGAGUAACUCCAGGAGGACCAAAUCCAGAUCAUAAUUCUUAUUCUCUGCCACAUUUUGAUAGCAAGAGGGUAACUCCUGGAGGACCGAAUCCAGAUCAUAAUUCCUUACCACAUUUCGGUAGCAAGAGGGUAACGCCAGGAGGACCAAAUCCAGACCAUAAUACUCUGCCACAUUUUGAUACCAAGAGGGUAACUCCUGGAGGACCCAAUCCAGAUCAUAAUUCCUUAUCAUAUUUUGGUAGCAAGAGAGUAACUCCAGGAGGACCAAAUCCAGACCAUAAUUCUUAUUCUCGACCACAUUUUGGUAGCAAGCGGGUAACUCCUGGAGGACCAAAUCCAGAUCAUAAUUCCCUACCACAUUUUGGUAGCAAAAGGGUAACUUCAAGAGGACAAAAACCAGAUCAGAAUUCUUACUUUCUACCAGUUUUUGGAAACAAAAGAGUAACUCCUGGAGGACCAAAUCCAGAUCAUAAUUCUUUUCCAUAUUUUGGUAAGAAGAGGGUAACUCCAUGA